AUGAUUCGACUCUCAUCGACCGUCAUAAAACAGAUCCUCAGACCUAAAAGAGCAGCAGUCAAAAGCCGCAGAUGUCUGAAGCUAAGUUCCGGAAAACCCCUUAUCAUCGGAUACACAGCAGUACUCAAGUUCUCCUUGGUCGAUAAGAUCAAGUGUUCUUUCCGUCAAAAAAUGAAGUCUUUCUCUAAAUCCGUUGCCGUUCUGGCGUCUCUCGCCCUUGCUCAAAACUACGACGACUUCGAAGUAUUGGGAGCCGAGACAAUAGAGGAAAUCGCCAAUCUUCUCGGGAAUUAUGCAUCCUACAUCUCAGGCAUCGAUCUGAGCGACUAUGGAACGAAUUACGAGGGCCAAGUCGAGUCGUCGGCUGAAGAUGCGCCUGUCACCGCGGAGGAUCUCCUCAACGUAGACUACAAUGUUGAUGAGACCGACGACGUGAUUGGAGAAUACGAAGAAGGAAUUGACGGACAAGAACGAAGGCCAUUGGCGAAUCUCGCCACCUUCGAGGAAAAGAUCAACCUCGCCAAGCCUAAUAACAACUAUUGUAAGACCUGUUCCGGAGUGUCCUAUGAUGAUUGCGAAGCAAACGGAACUAUGGAGCCUUGCAAUGACGCUCAAGAUGUCUGCGAAGUCAAGUACAGAUUUAACUACGCCGGCGAAGCGACCUUCUGGUCUGGUUGCAAGCAGCGACAAGCCUGCCUCAAUGACGAGCAGGGAAAUUUCGUUGGCGGCAGAUUCUUCUUGAACCGAUGCAAGAGCACUAAAGUCCCAGCACGCUGGCUCGCAGGCUCCGAAUGCACUUUCUGCUCUUUGAUGAGCGAGUCAGCAGCGACCAACAUCUUCGGACCCAGCAGCAACAUUGUUCAAACGUUGGGCACCAUCACGACUGGACUUUCUCUGCCCCUAACUCUAACCAACCUCUUUGAAGACCCGGAAGCCUAUCUCGACGCAGGCAAAACAAACUACAUAUUCGGCAGUCAAACUUACGCCUAA